AUGCCAGACCCUACAGAGAUCACGACCUCGUUAUGCGAAAUCUUGCAGAUCGUUCUUCAAUCCGCGACAUCACUACGCUCUACUACGGGUGGAUACAACGAUCGCGACCGAACUCUACGGAGACUUCAAAAUGAGCUUAGGGACUUGACGGAGGUCCUUAAGCUGUUGAUCGAAGUGUCUAUACAAGAGUCAGCAUUAGUACCUCCAUUGGGCCCUGUCGAAAGAUGUACCAAAUUAUGCCAA